GUCAGACUGAAGGAGGAAGCAGGGGUGCAGGAUCGUUCCUUCCUUUAGGAUCUUGAUGAUGGAUCAAUAGCUGAACUGCAGAGUAGAAGAGGCUCAGCCAAAUCUGCUGUCAUGUGGGUAUUUUGUUUGUAACUGCAAAUGGAUCGCCAAGCUAUUACCUCACGAAGUGAACUGGAGCAUAUUCUAUUUGAUGACAGCGCGGAACCAAAGGCCCUACCUUUAUCACUUCUGGAGCACAUCACAAGCGGUUUCUCUGAUGACAAUGAAAUUGGCGAUGGUGGCUUUGCAAGAGUUUAUAAGGGAAUACUUGACAAUGGCACAGUUGCGGUGAAGAAGCUUUCUGGGAUGGUUGAUAUUGAUGACAAGAAAUUCAGCAAAGAGGUUCGUUGUUUGAUGUUGGCAAAGCACAGAAAUAUAGUACGGUUCCUGGGAUAUUGCUCUGACACACAAGGUGAAAUGAUGAACUAUGAAGGAGAGCUUGUGUUGGCAGAUGUUCGACAAAGGUUACUCUGCUUUGAAUAUCUAUCCCAAGGGAGUCUUGAUAAGCAAAUAACUGAUACAUCUCAUGGACUUGAAUGGAGAAAGUGCUAUGAAAUUAUCAGUGGAAUUUGUGAUGGUUUAUGUUAUCUUCACCAAAAGCGCAUCGUUCACUUAGAUCUCAAGCCUGCAAAUAUAUUGCUUGACGAUAAUAUGAUGCCGAAAAUUGCUGAUUUUGGUCUCUCGAGGUGCUUCAAAGAAAACCAAAGCCGGAUUAUUACUUUAAAAUUGAUCGGAACCCUGGGAUAUAUGAUCAAUGAUUCAAGUUCGGAGGAGGAGGAUGUCCCUCUACCUCAACCUGGGGAUAUGCACGUGAAGUUUAGGAAGUAUAGUAUUCUUAAGAGGGCUAAGCUGUCUAACAACUGA